AUGCUAUCUUGUGGGAAUAUUUCGAGAUAGCGAUGCAGAUUUGUGUCAUUUAUUUAUUAUGAAAUUAUUUCGAUUUUAUGACUUUCAAGGAUGGAACUACAUUCACCUAAGCUAGUGGUGAUUCAUUCUGGGGGGGAUUUCGUGGCCAUGGAGAAUUCCCCAUUGAUCAGAAAAGAUGACGAUCCACCUCCAUACUCCGUAGCAACUGCACCUCAAGCCAAUGUCUCGUGGCAACCACCACCUGGAUAUUAUCCAAGUCCUAGUGUACCUGUGCCGUCCUAUGGAACAACAACAACAACAACUGUCAUUGUACCGGAGAUUAUUCUCGUCGGGGCUUGUCCUGCUUGCAGAGUCGGAGUCCUCGAGGAUGAUUACACCUGCCUUGGUCUCUUCUGUGCAAUAUUCUUCUUUCCUCUGGGUAUUUUCUGCUGUUUACUCCUGAAAAAUCGACGCUGUUCAAACUGUGGCGCAUACUUCGGUUAAAUUGCCGUAAAUGAUCCAUAAAUAAUUAUAUUAAAGAAAAUGGCAUUCACCAUCAGCUGACAAAAAUCAAUACGAGUGCUCGUAUUGCAAAAUUCAGGUACUCGGUACUAAAACUGUCUUCUGUUUAUAUUAUUUUCUUUUUCGUCGAGAAGACAACUAGACUUCAAAAAAUAUCUGGACGAAAACAAUCAGUCAGUCAACACACGGUAGUUAUAUUUGUUAUCCUUUUAGAUAAAUCUUUUACCUCGAGUUAUUUGUUACAUUGGUUUACAAAGUUUAUAACAUUAUAUGGGAGUAAUCAUAAGGAAGUUGGAGAAUAUCAGGUGAUUAUCAUGGCUGCAGGGAAACAAUUAAAUUCCACAAUAACGUACGUCUAAUCAAAUGGCAUUAUCUUGGAACAUUUCAAGGUGAUGACUCAUUCAUGUAGAAAUACUCCAUAUGAUUAAAAUCGAAGCAGUCUUGCUGUCGGCGCAGUAACAUGCUUCAAUGAUUAAUUUGAUUAGCGUGGGAAUGACAAAGUGCAGCUACUGGUUUCCUUUUUUCAGCGAGGAGUUGAAUGAACGAAUGCUUUAGAAAAUUUAUACAUCAUUGGUAGACUGAGAACAAUUAUUGAAUAUGUACGAGGAGUGCGUAAUGAAUGUGAUAAUUUGCAUAAUCGAAAUGAGAUAAAUAUGAGCAUAAUAUAUCAUUAUGUAUAUGAAUAUAUAUUUUAUGGUCCAGUUAAUAAUAAUUUUUAAAAA